AUGUCUGCCAACAAUGCAGCCGCCGUCGCGACGCAUUCUCCACGCUCCUUACCUUCCUUUGCACAGACGUUCAACAAGGGCUCACUCUCCGACAUUUCCGGCACGGACAACGCCCUGCCACCCAUCCAGACCAUAUCACCGUCCAUGGACAAGCAUCAGCGGCCCCGGUCUCCGCCACGUAGCGACGUCGACGAGUCCAGAGCAGCACGGAAACGACCCCGACACGAAGACGGCGCACCCGCGCCGGAUAUAACGCCGGUGAAGGAAGAGCAAGAUGAGCUGAUGGACGAGCCACUCUCACCCCCUCGGCCUUUGGGCGUGUCGCAUUCUGUAUCUUAUCAAGAAUCCGCUGGCGCGCCCUCCCCUUCAACCACGAACGCUCCCCAGUCCAAGCGACGACGUGUCACCAUCAGCAGCAUGGCGCAUCCCAUCAAUACCAACGUUCGUCAAGGAUCCGUGGACGCCGCCGGAUCGAAUCCGAUAUCACCUGUCGUCAUGGGUCUCCAAAUGCCUCGCGACGAUCCGACCGCCCUCGAGCAAGUGCGAUCCAUGUUGACCGUCAAGCAGAAGCAGAAGGCUCUCAUCGAGCAGCGGCGGGAGAGUACCGCGGGCUUGACUCCAGUCCAACCCUCUGGCCCAAGCUUGGCCGGAGGAGCCCCUCAGGAUGAACGGUACAAAUCGACAAGUGGAGGACGCGCGGGAGGCCGUACCCCUCCUUCAGGCCCGCCGCUAGCUAGCAGGCCGCGUGGAGGGAGCAUGGCUGUCGGUCCCGGUGCGACGCACUCUAGACCUGGCGCGUCAUCCAUUCGUCACCCCUCUCCUCCCCCCAUCUCCUCGUCAAGCCAGACAUCUCACGCCGCGGCUACGCAUGUGUCAGUGCCUGGAGGAGCUCUUCCAAACAGUCUUCCCCCGCCGCCUGGCAGCUUUACAAGGCGUCGCGCGGGCCAGCUCGGCAUAGGAGGCAAGAAAAAGCCUGCAGAUAUCUUGAUCAGCCCCCGAGAUGCCCACGCCUCAGGUGAUUUAGCACCGUUGAUACAGAGCGCGCCCCCAGUGCCUCAAGCGGGAUCUGGCUUCCCUGGCCGCUUCCCAAUGGCCUUGCCCAGCCUGCCCUCCGCGAUGGGGACCGGCCCGAGUUUACGCCGCGUGACGGCGAGUAGAGUACCGCCCACGCCGACGUCCUUGACCACGCGUGGCGCCGCGGCAGCGGCAGCCGCGCGUUCUCCGCCAAGUACCCGAUCGGUUCCGAUCUCGAAUACCUUGGUUCCUCCGACGCCGACGACGCUCCGCCAUCCGGGCUAUGCCGGCGAGAAAGCAGCGUUCCUCGCUCCGUUCGAGAUGUUCUAUGACGCUUUGGCGGAUUCGAAAGAGCUGAAGACGUGGCUAUCCGAUCAGCUCCAAAAGUCGAACGCGCUUAUACAAAAUCUGCAACAGCAGCAGGAACGAUUGGACGAUCUCGUCGCCUCUUCGGUGGAGCGUCGGUUGGCCCCCAUCAAGGAGGAAUGUUACAGUCUCCAUCGCAGGGUGGCUGACCUAGAGGAUGAGCUGCGACGGUACAGAACCCCGGGAGGACUUGGGGACACAUCGUACGGAACCCACUCCAUGUCUAGCAAACACCCGAACGGUGCUGGGGGAAUGACUCAAGACGGUUACACUUUCCCACCGGUCGAUCGUCACGCAAUGCGGCCAUCUUUGACGAGGCGCAUCUCCUCUCCGCCGCGCGACAUGCCUAGAUCGUACGGGACCCGUAGCACUGUGGAGUACGACACUUCGUCUCCGGUACCCUUCGAGGCGAGCAGACGUCACUCGGUGUCGACAGCUCGCUUUGAGCCACCGCGUCUGCCACCACCACCUGGUUCGUCACGCUCCGAACACCCUAUGACAUUGGAGGGUCCGGGCCAGCCCGCCUCAGGUUCGGUCCACGCCAUGUCGCCGUACGCUCAGCGUCCAUCCCUCAGUCGUCACAACUCGACGCAGAGGACGUCGGAGUAUCGUCGGCCGGGCGCGCAUCCUUCUCGUGAUCGAGAAUCAUCUUACCGACACCGCGCGUCUAGAUCCCCGUCACCGGCUCGGGUUCGCAGCCCUAGUCCCAGCGAGGAAGGACGCUCCCCAUCCACCAGUCGUCCGCGCUCCCGUUCUCCUAUGGAUAACCGUUGAUGUCCGCCGUCUUAUGGGUAAUGUAACGCUGAGAUCUCUCAUGUCUUGCAUAUAUGUUCAUCACUUGUACAUACAUGUUCAUCAUUCUUGCUUGUUUUUGGGGGUUUUUCUUUAUUACCAUUCAUUCGUGCCACGGACUCGCUCCCGAUCUGUACAAGUACUCGAGGAAUUCAG